GGUUACCACUUGCUAAGGUAAUUAGUCAACUUCAUGCAAAUUUCAUAGUUUCUUGUUUUUAUGCAUGUACGUUUAUUUAAUUUCCUGUAGAAAACGUUCCUCUCCAAAGAGAUAGGAGAAGUUAAUUAGGCAACUAGAAGAUGGUGAGUUUGGUAGAUCAGGAAUUUCAACACGAGUUAUGUGAAUUUGGCCUGAAUCCCCACAAAGUUGCUGAUGUAGAUGACGAUGGAAAACCCAGAAGAACUGGUAUUAUCCCAACCAGUUUUCGGUGCAUUAGAGACCUGGGCUAGCCUGGUGUGGCCUGAUUCAAAGUUUGCAACCAUCGAGCAUUCAAUAAGGAUAGGGAAAUACAUAAAUUUUAGGGGGAACUUGCUAAGACUAAUAUGGAGAACAGUAUAUGUGGUGGUGGUAACUGUGCUUGCCAUGGCAUUCCCCUUCUUCAACGACGUCCUUGCACUCCUUGGAGCCGUUGGGUAUUGGCCAAUGACAGUAUAUUUUCCUGUGGAGAUGUACAUUGCUCAAAAGAAGAUUCAACGGGGAUCAGUCAAGUGGUUUGUUCUCCAGCUUUUGAACUUGGUGUGCUUACUGGUUGCCAUAGCUGCGGCAUGUGGUGCCAUUGAAGGAUUGAAUCAUGCUCUUCAAAACUCUAAGCCCUUCAAGUUUUAAGAGCAUCGAAACCGGAUAUUAAUUAUUUGAGCAAUCAGCUCUUGAAAUCAGCAUCCUGCUUCAAUGUCUAUGCAAGUGUAAACACAACAUUACCUAUAUAUAUAUAUGGUGCAGGAGCUGGCAUAUAUAUGUUGUAUGUAGUGUUACAUAGGGCAGGAAAGCCAUAAAUAAAUUAUUAUGUCUUUUAUUUGAAGUUUAUUUUAAAAUGUUUUUUUCUGUUCAUUUGAGACUCACCAGAACUAUCACAAGAUCAUUUCAUGGCUGAAAAUAUUACUGGAUUUGAACAGAGUUUUCAGAUUA